AUGGUAUCCAACAACAAGGCGAACUACGCUUCCGACCUCGACCUCGACCUCGACCUCGGCCUCGGCCUUGUACCUCCCGACCAAAGCCGGGAAUACGUGUACAUCCUCGUGGGCGUCGUGUCCGGCCUCGGCAGCGCGUUCGCCUAUGCCGCGCUGCUGUACCGCGGCGAAUACCGCACGUUGGCCGUCUUCUUCGGCCUCCUUGUGGCGGCACGCUUUUGUCAAGCAGGUCGUAGCGUAACAUAG